CUCAGAAACAGACUGCGCAUUCCGCGCGGCUUUACGUGCAGCUUCGUAUGUGUGUUUAUACCAUGAAUAUGUGAGUUGUGGCGCUUUGUUAUAACGCACAAAAUGCUAAAUUACCUAUGUAUACAUGGAUGACAGCACGCUAGCCAGUUUAUCUUUCUUUCUGUGAUCCAAAUGAAGUCACGUAUUUAAAACAAAAAAAAAACAAAAAAAACGCGAGUGACCUGCUGAAGACUUUUACUCCGUGAAAAUGUCUGAUGGUUGUGUCUCUGAACCUGCUGGAGCCAUCAGGGCCAUUGACAAACACUCAGUGCAUCAGAUCUGCUCUGGGCAGGUGGUGCUGACUUUGGCCACUGCUGUCAAAGAGCUAGUGGAAAACAGUGUAGAUGCAGGAGCCACCAGUAUUGAUGUCAAGUUGAAGGAAUGUGGAGUUGAGUUAGUGGAAGUGUCAGACAACGGAAAAGGAGUCGAAGAGGCCAACUUUGAAGGACUUACACUGAAGCAUCACACGUCAAAAAUAAGGGAUUUCUCCGAUCUCAUCCAUGUGGAAACAUUUGGCUUCCGUGGGGAAGCUCUCAGCUCUUUAUGUGCUCUGAGUGAUCUCAGUGUGGUGACGUGCCAUGAGUCCAGUCAGGUGGGGACCAAGCUAGUGUUUGACCACAAAGGUCACCUGGUGCAAAAGUCACCCCAUCCUCGACAGCAAGGCACCACGGUCAGUCUGCAGCAGCUCUUCUCCACCUUACCAGUUAGACACAAGGAGUUCCAGCGCAACAUUAAGAAGGAAUAUGCCAAAAUGCUACACAUCCUGCAGUCCUACUGCAUCAUCUCAGUGGGAGUGCGGAUUACUUGCUCCAACCAGAACGGGCAGGGAAAGCGCACUACAGUUCUUUGCACCAGUGGAAGCCAAAGCAUGAGAGAGAACAUAGGAGCCAUAUUUGGACCCAAACAGCUACAGACACUUCUGCCUUUUCAGCAAGCAUCCCCUAUUGAAAGUGUUCUGGAAGACUAUGGACUGAAGGACACAGAACUACCUACGCAGCUUUUUGCUAUCACAGGUUUUGUGUCACGAGGGGACCACGGUGUUGGAAGAAGUGCGACAGACAGGCAGUUCUUUUUCAUAAACAGUCGUCCAUGUGAUCCCGUUAAGGUGACCAAACUUGUUAAUGAAGUGUAUCAUAUGUAUAACAGACACCAGUAUCCAUUUGUUGCCUUGAGCAUAACUGUCGCUUCAGACUGUGUGGAUGUGAAUGUGACCCCAGACAAACGGCAGAUUUUCCUACAAGAGGAGAAACUCUUGCUGGCUAUUCUAAAAACGUCUCUCAUUAACAUGUAUGAAGCCGGAGUCAAUAAAAUCAGCCUGAACUAUACACCUAAACACAUAACAACAUCUGCACCUGAGUUAUGCCAGGCUGUUCCAUGUGAUGAGACCUUGCCAGAAGCAGGAGACGAUGUUGAAACUGUCCUUCAGAGCCCUAAGUCAUCUGUCAACCUGGCUGGCCUAAAAGCUGCUUUUUCAAGCCAACACAGCUCCAGUUCCUUUAGAAAAGCUGGUGUAUCAGACGCUGCCAGCAGUGGUCCAAAACAGAAGACACUACAGUCCUUUUUUAAGGGUAGUGGAAAACCUCCUGUGUCCAACACAACUGUUAAAUCUCCUCUGAAGCCUACAAGAGAUCUAACUAAAUCCUCCACAGUGGGAAAAUCUGUGUUAGAGGGGUUCAGGUAUGGCAGGACGUCAUGCAGUACAGAUAUGUCCAGUGGUGACUCCAUUACACCAACACCAGACAAUGAAGAUGGAUUACAUGUAAAUUCUCCAGAGUCAGAAGCUGAAAGACCUGAUGUUAAAAAUGAAGACUUUGAAGAGAUGUCAGAAGAAAACCACACCAUUAUGGAAUCCCCCAAGCCUAAAAUAUGUGAUUCAACUGGAGACUGUACUGUGAUCCCAGAUGCCAAAAGAGCUAGAAGGGAGAAUCCACUCUUCUCUGCAGAGUACAAAACCACCUCUUCAAACUGUUCGGAGGGGUACUCCACCUCCUCCUCUGCCACUGUGGACGCUCCUGUGUGUUUGCAGAGGAAGACUCUACCUCUACAGUUCUGUUUACAGGAGCUAGCAGGAACACUGAGGAGGCUGAAGGACCAGCAGAGGAAGGCCGGUGAGGAGCUGAAGUACAGACGCUUCAGGGCCAAGAUCAACCCAGGAGAAAACCAAAAUGCAGAGGACGAGCUUAAAAAGGAGAUCAGUAAAGACAUGUUCAAAGACAUGGUGAUCAUUGGCCAGUUCAACUUGGGCUUCAUUAUCACCAAACUGAACAGCGAUAUUUUCAUGAUUGACCAGCACGCCACAGACGAGAAGUACAACUUUGAGAUGCUACAGCAGCACACUGUACUUCAAGGACAGAAGCUCAUAGCUCCCCAGAAACUUCACCUCACUGCGGUCAGUGAGAAUGUACUUAUGGAAAACAUCGAGAUUUUCAGAAAGAAUGGCUUUGAAUUUCUGAUCGAUGAGGACGCUCAGGUAAUGGAACGAGUAAAGCUGGUAUCUUUGCCCACUAGUAAGAACUGGACAUUUGGCCCGGCUGACAUUGAGGAGCUGAUCUUCAUGCUAAGUGACAGCCCGGGUAUCAUGUGUCGACCAUCCCGUGUCAGACAGAUGUUCGCUUCAAGGGCUUGUCGGAAAUCUGUGAUGAUCGGCACUGCUCUGAACGUCAGUGAGAUGAAAAAGCUUGUGGUUCACAUGGGAGAGAUUGAACAACCAUGGAACUGUCCACAUGGCCGGCCCACCAUGAGACACCUCGCUAACCUGGAUGUCAUCUCACAAGACUGACUGUGUCACAAAACAAACUGUUUGAUAACCUCCUUACACUGGUGGAACUGUGUAGAUACCUGUGUUUAUGUCUGAUGAAACAUCACUGAUAGAGGCCUGAAACAGUCACGUAUCCACUGAGUAUUGAUCUUAACAUCUGUUGCUGUUGUUUUUUA